CAAGUUAUCGUAGGUUCAGAUUCUCGAGAUCGACGAACAUGGCUACUAUCGAGAGCCUUGCUAGCACGACAUUCGAAUUUCUUCGCCGACCUGUUUCAAGAUCCGAAUGCGAAAGAGCCAGUGAUAUUGAAGGAUGUAGAGCCGAGAGACUUCCAGAACUUCGUAGACUACAUACGCAGCAGCAUCUACUCGCUCAAUCAACAGACUCCAGGGUACAGGGCGAUCAGGGCCAACACAUUGGCAUGCUUAUUAGGCAUACGGCUAGGUGCGAAGGCAUACCAUGACGCAGCGCUACGACAAGUCUACAUGAUAUUUGAGCCGCUCGCCCGCCUCCGGACGUCGAAUGCGCGCAAGUCCUCGAUACGCGCCUCGGAUGUGGAGUUUAUCUGUAUAAACACGUCUCCAAACGGCUCAACCACCAACACCGUCCUCAACGAGAGCGGCGCUCGAAACAAGAUCAAUAGCGGCAUCAGACAACUCUUCUUCGAUGCUGUGGCGAGCCAUUGGACACAGUCCAACGUCCUCAACAUAGGCGAUACGGGCAUGGAUACGCACGGCGACACCGCGUCCUGGUCCGACAUGUACAAUGUGUACACUGACUUUCGGGUUACCAUUGCGAGCAGCCUCAUGAUGACGAACAGCUGGCGUGCUGCGCUCCUACGUCCCGUCGAAGACUAUCUCAAU